AUGCCAGCAAUACCUCUCUGCGAGGGAGGGCACUCCCUGCCUCUCAAAGCCCCCCACUCUGUGCCGCAGAUGCAACAACAGCAGCUGCUGCUGCAGCAGCAGCAGCAGCUGCUGCUGCAGCAGAAGUGCUGCGAUGUUGGGCGGCCCUCGCUUGCAUGCAGCGACGGCGCAGCAGCAGCAACAGACAAGCAACUGGUCCAGUGGUCCUUCCUGGCCUUGCCGCUGCCGUGUUCUUGCUGCAGCACCCCUCCGCCGCAGCAGCUGCUGCAGCCGCUGCCGUGCAGCAGCAGCAACUUUGCUGCGCUGCAGCUGCUGCCGCAAGACCUCGUGGCUGUCACCUUCUGCUGCUGCGUGCAGCAGCUAAGAAAAGACAAGGCCCUUCCCCUCAAUCCCAACAAAAUGUGGAAGCCCGUCAGAAAGCGAAUAUACAGACACAAGUGUUGGGACUACGCAAACUUGCUGGCGCAGCAGCAGCAGCAGCAGCUGCAGCAGCAGCAGCAGCAACAGCUCCAGCAGCAGCAGCAGCUGCUGCUGCAGCAGCAAGAAAAUUACGAGCGAAACAAUGAGGCUACCACGUCAGCAGCCAGGGAGGCGGCUGAGUCCGCAGCCCCAAAAGACCCCACCGCCGCCCCUGGGGCAGCAGCAGCAACAGCAGCAGCAGCAGCAGCUGCUGCUGCUGCUGCUGCUGCUGCAGAUCUGGCAGCUGAAGGCGUCGAUGUUGCUCUGCUGCAGCGGCUUCUGAUUCGCGAGCUCUGCGGCCGUUUUUUCGUUUGGUUUUAUUUCGACGCUGUGAGGAAAGUGCUUGCUGCCCCCUGCAGCAGCAGCAGCAGCAGCAGCAGCAGCAGCAGCAGCAGCAGCAGCAGGAAAGGCAGCAAGAGCGGCAGCGUGCCUGUGACAACGGAGUGGAUAGAAUGCGCCUACGCCGCUUUGCUGCAGACACCCACGUGGAGAUUUGCUGCCUAUCUUCCCUUCUGCUGCGCGCCCCACCCCGAUGAUGCUGCUGCUGCUGCUGCUGCUGCUGCUGCUGCUGCUGCGGACCACUGGCAGCAGCAGCAGCAGAAGCAGCAGGAAGAGGCCAGCGCGCCGGUGCAGCAGCUAGCGGAGGCGUUCGAUAUAGAUAUGCUGCUAAGGCCCGGCAGCAGCUACAGCGACUCCGAGGAAGAAGAAGCAGCAGCAGCAGCAGCAGCAGCAGCAGCAACAGCAGCAGCGACAGCAGCAACUUCAGCUGCAGCAGCACCAGCAGCUGCUGCUCUUGAGCCAAAGCUCACCGAGCAGGCGCCAGCAGCAGCAGCCGCAGCAGCAGCAGCAAAUGCAGCAGAUGUGCGGGAGGAGGCAACAGCAGAACCAGCCCUUGUGGCGGCCCAUGUACCAGCAGCAGCAGCUGCUGCUGCAGCAAGUUCAUCUUCUACUACUGCACUUGCUGCUGCAGCAGCAAGUGCAGCAGUAGAAGGCGCGCCAGUAUCAGCAGCAGUCGCUACAGCAGCAACUACAGCAGCAGCCGCAGCAACAGACGCUCUAGCAGCUACAGCAGCAACAGCUGCAGCAGCAGCUUCAGCAGUAGCUGCAGCAGCAGCAGCAGCAACGGAAGAUGCAGCAGCAGCAGCAACAACAGAAGAGGCAGACGUUCUAAGCGGACGGAGAAGCCGCAGAUCAACAGUGGACUUCUCAGUCGCGCCGACACAGCAGUUGCCUCACGUGCUUCAGCAGCAGCAGCAGCAGCAGCAGCAGGAGCAGCAGCAGCAGCAGCAAGAGUGGCUAACAGAGCAGCAGCAGCUGCAGCAACAGCAUCAUCUACCGCCGCCAGAGCAGCAGCAACAGCAGCAACAGCAGCAACAGCAAGUGCAGCAUCGGCAGCAAAAGAGGCAGAAGCACCAGCUGCUCAAUCCUGUGCAGAAGGUGGAGCAGAAGCGCCAGAAAAAGCAGCAGCAGCAGAAGGAGCAGCAACAGCAGCAGACAGAGCAGCAGCAGCAGCAGCAGCAGACAGAGCAGCAGCAACAGGGGCAGCGGGAGCAUCAGCAGCUGCAGGAGUUGCAACAGCAGCAGCAAGCGCAGCUGCAAGAGCAGCUGCAGCAACAGCAGAAGGUGCGUCCGAGAAAGCGUGGCAGCACCGAUAGCAGUCACAGCAGCAGCAGAAGCAGCAGCAGCAGCAACAGCAGCAGCAGCAACAGCAGCAGCAGCAACAGCGUGGACAAGCGACCGCGGCUUUCCUUUAAGCGUUUAGAUGCUGCAACAGAAGUAGCAGCAGCCGAAACGUCAGCAGCAGCAGCAGCAGCAGCUGCAGAAGCGAGAGCUGACGCAGCAGCAGCAGCAGCAGCAGCAGCAGCAGCAGCAGCAGAAGGCGCAGCAGCAGCACUGAAAGGCUCGGCAGCAAGAAAAGCAGAAAAACAUAGCAAUGGGGACGAUGUUACAGUCAUACUGUCUGACGAAGAGCCCCAGCAGCAACAGCAGCAGCAGCAGCAGCAGCAGCAGCAAGCAGGUCAAAGCAGCAACAAGCAGCAGAAGAAGCGGCAGCAGGUGCUGCUCGUGGAUCAGUGUGAUUCUUGUGAAAUGGAGGAGAAGCAGCAGCAAGAGCAGCAGCCGAAAGAGCAGCAGCAGCAGCAAGAGCAGCAGCAAGAGCAGCAACAAGAGCAACAAGAGCAGCAGCAGCAAGAGCAGCAAGAGCAGCAGCAGCAACAAGAGCAGCAGCAGCAGCAGCAGCAGCAACCUGAUGAUGACGACCUCGUCGAUUUUGAAGAGGCGGUGUCGCCUAGCGAAGGUGCAAGAACAGCAACAGCAGCAAAGGACAGCAGCAGCGGCAGCAGCAGCAGCAGCCUGCUGGAGCUGCUGGGCAGCAGCAGCAGCACUGAAGUGAUCGCGGAAGCGUGCAGAGGAGCAGAAGCAGCAGCAGCAGCAGCAGCAGAUGCCAACAGCAGCAGACGCAGCAGCGUCUGCAGCAGCACAGUUCCCUCUCCCUAUAGGGCUCUGUUUGCACCUAGCAAUUCGCUGCAGCAGUCCCAGCAGCAGCAGCAGCAGCAGCAGCAGAAGCAGCAGCAGCCAAAGUUGUGGCAGCGCCUGCAGCAAGAAGUUAAGGAAAUAUUCAGCGACCCACAGGCGAGCGGCAGCAGCAGCAACAGCAGCAGCAGCAGGCGCAGCAGCAGCUCCACCCCAGGUCGUGCAGACAUGCGCAAGAAUGGGACUGCAGCAGCAGCAGCAGCCGCUGCAGCAGUGUCAGCAGCAGCAGCAGCGACAGCAGCAGAAGCGGAGGAAGCAGCGCCUGGGUCGCCGGUGCUGCUGCAGCACGCCGCGAAGGCCCACAAGCAGCGAAAAGCAGCAGCAGCAGCAGCAGCAGCAGCAGCACGCAGCAAUCUGCUGGGAGACCCUGACUCCAGAGCAGCAGCAAAGUGUUUCUUGACUCAGGUGGACCGGAAGCUGCAGCGGCUGCAGCAGCAGGCGCUCCCAGCAGCAGCAGCAGCAGCAGCAGCAGCAGCAGCAAAGCCCACUCCAACAGCGGCAACGGGAGCAGCAGCAGCAGGACGUCCCUCGCGGAAGCUCGGGGCUACAGCCGCAGCCGUGUCUGGGGGAAAGAGCAGCAGGGCCAAAAGCAGCAGCAGCAGCAGCAGCAGCAGCAGCAGCAGCAGCAGCGCGCUGCCUCGCCUUGGUCUCUCACGGCCGCGCUUUACCCCGCAGCAGCACAAGGCAGCAGCAGCACCUGCUGCUGCUGCUGCAGCAAAAGUUACCAGCAGCUCCUCAGCCCUUCCGCGCCUGAAGCGGCAGCAGCGGCAGCAGCAGCAGCAGCAGCGGCAGCAGCAGCAGCGGCGGGCUGUGAGCAGCAGCGCCCUCCCCGCCGUGAGCCCCUGGAGCCAUUAG